AUGGAAAUUUUAGAUAAACAAGCAUUUUUUGAAACACGUGAAAAACUAUAUACAUUAAGUAGAAGUUUAAAUAUAAUCAAACAACGUAUUCAAAUUGCAGAAAAUGAUAGAAAGAAAUGUUUAAUUACAAUCAAUGAAUUAGAAUCAUUAUCAUCAGAAACUAAAACCUAUAAAGCAGUUGGUAAAAUGUUUGUUAUCUCACCAAUGACCUCUUUAAAAACUGAAUUAAAACAACAAGUUCAAAAAGAUGAAGAAGAUGUUAAAGGUUUAAUUAAUCAAAGUAAAUAUAUUGAUGCACAAAUUACAGAUACAGAAAGAAGUUUAAAUGAAUUAGUUAGAAAGAAAUAA